AUGACCAAGUCUCAUCCUAUAAAGGCACUCCUCUAUCAGCCUUUAUUGACCGGAAGGGUAGCACAGUGGCUGGUAUUGCUCUCUCAAUAUGUCAUUGGUCUAAGGACCCAUAAGGUCGUCAAAAGCCAAGCUAUAGUAGAUCUGUUGGCUCAGUUCCCUGGAGAAGAAAAGUGCCCACUAAGCGAGGAAAUCCUAGGAAAAGUGGCAGUAGCAAAACUCCCAGAAAGGAAAUGGACCAUGAGAUUUGAUGGGUCAGCAACGACAGCCUCAAAUGGCAUAGGAGUCGUGCUGAGUUAUGAAGAUGGGGACACUGUGCCAUUAUCUUUCAAACUCGUGUUCCCAAGCUCGAAUAAUGCUACUGAGUACGAGGCGUACUUAACUGGACUGGCCAUAGCACUUUGUAUGGGGAUUAAGCACAUAAGGAUAUUGGGAGAUUCCAAUCUUGUAGUCACCUAA